AUGUCGCAGCAGACGACGCUGCAUGCUGCGGGCACUGACGAGGAGGCCGGCCACGUGCGGCGCGACCCCGCGCCAAGCGACAGCUGUCACGAAAAGAAAUACGCGGGCGGUGGGACCCACGAGGACCCAUACGUCGUCGACUGGGACCUCGGCGACCCCGAGAACCCGUUCAACUGGUCCAAAGACAGAAAAUGGGCCAUCACAUUCCAGCUCGCGAUGGCAACAUUCUCCGUCUCGUUCUGCAGUAGCUGUUACUCGGGCGGAUUGGCGUCAAUGGAUCGCGAGCUACACAUCACGCAGGUAAUAGGUAUCCUCGGUGUGUCACUUUACGUCCUAGGUUUCGGGUUGGGUCCGCUUGUGUUUGCACCUCUCGGGGAACUCUACGGACGGCGGAUAGUAUUCAUAGUUACCGGCAGCGUGUUCACCCUCUUCCACCUGGGAGGUGCUCUUGGGCACAACACGGCUACAAUUCUGGUUACUCGCGCCCUCGCGGGAAUCUUUGGCUCAGCGCCACUCACAAAUGCCGGUGGCGCGCUGAGCGACAUGUGGAUUGCGCGUGAGCGCGGUAUUGCCGCAGCUCUUUACGGCACCGCGCCAUGGAUGGGGCCUGUGCUAGGGCCGAUUGUGGGCGGCUGGAUAUCCGAGACGAGUCUCGGAUGGCGGUUCGCGUUUUGGAUCAUGUUCAUCGUGUCCGCGCUGAACGCGCUCGCAUGCAUAUUCAUCACGCCCGAAACGUUUGGGCCUGUACUCCUUCGCCGAAGGGCACGUCGGUUAACGAAAGCAUCCGAGGGCAAAAUCGUGUACAUAUCCAAGCCCGACAUCGGUCGCUCUCAGUCGAUCAGACAGAUCCUGCGGAGAGACAUGGGACGCCCUUUCUAUUUCCUUGUCACCGAGCCCAUCGUGCUCCUCUUCGCCAUCUACAUCGCGAUCGCAUAUGCGACGCUAUACGCCUUCUUUGCUGCCUACCCGAUCGUCUUCCAGCGGCAUCGGCUCUUCUCCGCGGGCGAGGGCGGCCUGGCAUUCCUCGGCAUUGGCUUAGGAUGCAUCAUUGGCCUCGCUCUCGCCCCCGCACAAAAUAGGCUGUACUGGAAGGCGAUGGACCGCAACGGGGGUCGGACCAUCCCUGAAGCGAGGUUAUAUUUGCCCAUGCUGGGAGGUGUUCUACUCCCAAUCAGCCUCUUCUGGUUCGCAUGGACGAGCGACCCGCCAGUGCAUUGGAUCGUGCCUGUGCUCGCGGGCACGCCGUUCGGGAUGUCGUGCGCGAUUAUCAUGCAAGGCCUGACGCAAUACCUCAUGGACACGUACUCAAUCUACUGCGCAAGCGCGAUCGCGUCGACGGUCGUGACACGCUCCGUUGUCGCGUUCAUCUUCCCGCUCAUCAGCCCUGCGUUGUACCGCCACCUCGGCGACGCGUGGGCGUGCAGCGUGUUCGCGUUCCUCGCGUCCGCGUGUAUGCCCGUGCCAUUCCUUUUCUACCGAUAUGGGUCGUGGGUGCGGAGCAAAUCGAAGUAUGCGCUGCAUGAUGAGGCGCUCGUCGCCGCGGCGGAUGUAAAGCCUGCGCAGGGGGUGGAUGAGAAGAAGGGCGAUUUGGUGACAUCCGAAAAAGCUGUAGAUCAAUAA